GAAAAUGCACCUAUAUAAACACAUUUCAGUACAGCAUACUGCAGUUUCAGCUUCCAUUCAUAGAAAACUUAAAUUAUCGUGUACUGAUAAUCGACUCGAUAGGUCCUCAAAAUGAUUGUAUUUUAUUUAGUACUCGUGACGUCAGCAAUUAUUGCCGUUGGAUCAAGAGCUGAAGCUGAAGUUGUACUUGCUAAAGAUAUGAAUUAUAAAUUAUCAAGCAAUGAUUUAAUGCCUUUAGUAGGAUUUGGAACAUAUCAGAUUCAAGGAUAUGAUUUGAUUAGAGAUGUUUUGGAUAAAGCUUUAGCUUCAGGGUAUCGUCUCAUUGAUACAGCUAAAGUUUAUAGGAAUGAAGAAGAUAUAGGUAGGGCUUUAAAAGAAUUACUACCAAAGUAUAAUUUGACACGAAAGGAUAUAUGGAUAACAACAAAACUUUCACCCGAUGAUCAAGGCCCAUCUGCAUAUAAGGCACUCCAAGAAUCAGUAAAAAAACUUGAUACUGACUAUGUUGACCUUUAUCUUAUUCACUGGCCUGGUGCUUAUAAAACAAAUGCCUCAAAUACCAACAAUUCAAGAUUGAGAGAUGAAAGUUGGAAGUUAAUGGUACAAGGAGUAAAAGAUGGAUUAACUAAAAAUAUAGGAGUAUCAAAUUAUCUUGUGAGACAUUUAGAACAAUUAUUGGCAAACGAUCAUGGUAUUAAACCAGCGGUAAAUCAGGUAGAAUGGCAUCCGCAUUAUCAUCCAGAAGAUUUACUAGAAUAUUGUAGAAAAAAUAAUAUUUUACUGCAAGCAUAUUCAUCGUUAGGUGGUUCAGGAAAUACAGAUUUAAUAAAAGAUCCUAAAGUAGUGGAAAUUGCUAAAAAAUUAGGAAAAUCACCUGCACAAGUUUUACUUCGGUGGGCGCUUCAACAAAAUUUGGCAAUUAUUCCCAAGGCUAGGUCAAAACAUCAUAUUGAAGAAAACAUCGACCUUAAUUUUAAUAUCCCAGAAGAGGAUAUGCAAACUUUAAACAGCUUUUCAACAAACAAAUACUCGUGGGACCCGGCAACUAUUGUUUAAAGCCGUUAUUUAUAAAUUACAUUUAAUUUUAUUUAUAUUUUUUAAUUCAUGUUUGUAAAAAAUAUUUUUAAUAUUAUCUUUUGUCCAAGGAAAGCACUGUUAUUUAUUAGUCUGAGCCACUAUUAUUUUUUUUUAAAUGUCAAAAGUCAAAUGGCCCACUUGUUGCCAGAUUUAUUCAUUUUCUCUGCGAAGUCUAUGCCAAAUGACUAUGCAAAGUGUGCAUAAUUAUGAAAAAAUUCUCUAAUGCCAUUAUGAAGUUUUUUAAACUAAUGCUUGAUUUUAAUAUGUAAUGCGAGUGAAAUUUUGUAACUUUUUUUUAAACUCUUAUUUAACAAAAAAAUGGCAAAUUUAAAUGCAAAAAAAAUAAGCAAAAGAGAAAUAAUAGUGACAACAAAUUUAAAUUGCAAAAAACAGAAUUAUUUGGCUAUAAGAAGAUAAUUAUUAAUCAGAGAUGUAAUAUUAAUAUCUCUUUCUAGUAUUUCUAUUAAUAAUAAAGUUAUUUUAUGUAA